UCAAUCGGAAUGAGGCCUAGUUGAGGUGUUUAAAUGAAAAAUUGUGGAAAGUUUAGAUGUCUCUGUAUGUAUUAAGCCUAUAUAGAAUGAUGAUUGAUACAUUCAAUGAAACAACUAGUAUGGCAGACAUGCUACUUUCUUGUAGGACUGAAAGAUCCUCUAUCCAAAAGGCAAAACAAGAAAACAACAAAUUAAAUAUUAUCCCUUUCUUUUAUAUGAAGGCAAAAAGCUAAGCAAAUUAUUCCUUUCUUCUAGUCAAGACAAUCAAUGUUACUUUUUAUUUUUCUAUUUUUGAGAUUCAUGAAGAAGCUAAGUCUAAUAUUUCUAUAUAAUGGUUGUUACUUUGCAACCAUGGAUAAUGAAUUUUGGGAAGGAAUGGCUAUAUUUAUAAGGCAGGAUCCAGAAAAAUCCCGCGAAAAUGUUAUGAAGGCAGCUCAAAUACAUCUAGUUGUGGCUGCUCUAAUAAUGACAGUGACAUUCACAGCUGGUUUUACAUUGCCUGGAGGUUUUGACAGUGAUAGUGUUAGCCUUGAUAAAGGGAUGGCGAUUCUAUUAAGGAGUAGAGCAUUUGGUGCAUUUGUUGUUACAAAUGCCAUCGCGUUUACAUGUUCAGCUGCUGCUGUAUUCACCUACUUCGCCAUGGGAGCAAGUAUAACACAUGUACCAGGGUCAGUUGAAGGGUUAAUGGUUACAGAGUUGAUAGUUAUACUACGCCUUUAUAAGAUUGCAUCUUAUUUGCAGUUUGUGGCAAUGUCAGCUGUUGUAAUUGCAUUUGUAACAGGGACAUAUGCUACUUUAGCACAUUCUGUUGGUUUAGCUGGUACUGUUUGUGUCAUAGGUUGCAGCUCUUUCCUUAUGUAUGUAUUGGUUAUUGUAAUCUGGUUACAACUGGUGUAAUGUAACGUUUGUGACAUCGAUUGUAUCUCUUUUCUUUUGUA